AUGUCGGUGAUCAUGUUCUAUCAUCGCAUCUUUCCAAUUCCUCGCUUUACCUACGUCCUCUAUUUCUGCUCUUUCCUCGCGCUUGGGUGGUUCGUUGGCGUGAUGAUUUUUAAUCUGAUCCAGUGUCAUCCAUACUCAUAUUUCUGGGAGCAAUACGGAGAUCCAAAUGCGCAAGGCUCAUGCCUAGAUGUUGAGGCUUACUUCAUGGGAAAUGGCAUUGCGGAAGCUAUCACGGACUUUGUCAUCCUGUGUGCCCCGUUUCAUCAAGUUUGGAAACUCCACAUGCCAACUCCCCAAAAGCUUGCAGUUAUUGGCAUCUUCGGUCUUGGAGCCUUCGCUUGUAUUGCGGGUGCGCUUCGCUGCUAUGCAGUAGCUAUCAUGACCGAGAGUAUGGACAUCACUUGGAACUUUGGCCGUGGAUUUAUCUGGAGUUCUAUUGAACCGUCGCUUGGUAUUAUAUCUGCGUGCUUGCCGACCCUUCGACCUCUUAUCCGAUAUAUCUUUCCAAACGGGCUUGGUCGUAGCCAAAAAACAAGUGACUUUUAUCGUCUGCAAGAUGGCGGGGCCUUUCCGUCUGGCUCCGACGGACGUGCUCCAGGAAAUAAUAAGGUUCGCAGAGAUUCCCCUGACUCGGCUGCUCACCUGGAGCCGCAGAGCGACCCGAACUCCUUUAUCAUGGUUCGGCGCGACAUUUCGUGGUCCUCUAAGCAAGGCGGAGAUUAA